CUCAGCCUGCUCACAUUAUGCGCUGCCUCUGAAAUCGGACACAUCUUCUCCAACGGAACAAUGCGCCGCGCUGCGCAGAGCCGCGGCUGCAGCAGACCUGUGGACUAACAGCGGGGAGCUCAGCUGGAGUUUAGGCAUUAUGGGGACGAAGGUGGUGAUGGUGCAUCUAGCUGCUUUUUACUGCGGAAACCACCAACUUGCACUCCCUCUCCACUCCUUCUUCUUCCUCUGAAUCUGUGUGUGUUUGUUUAAAGCGCACCAGCAUGCCGAACUCCCCAGCAGAAGACAAGAUCCCAGUGGUGGGCUCUGCUUCCAGUCCUCAGUGCAGCGAGGAAGGCCUUUGCUUCUCUGAUGGCAGACGGAAAGUUGACUACGUUCUGGUCUUCCAUCAUCGACGGCACGGCUCUGUGCGAUCUUUUGCCAGCAACUCAGUUUCACACGACAGGAUAUCCAUUGUUUCCAAUGGCAACUUUCCCACUGCGGCGGGCUCCGAUGCAGCUGCAGGAAGAGGAGGCAGCAGCCCGGGGAGGGAGGCGGCGAGUGUCGGCGAGGUGUUCGUGGAGCUCGGGGGGGCAGGAGGAAACGAUCUGACGGAGCCUGCUGACCAUGAGAUGGAUCUGAUCAGACAAGAGUUCGAGGCCAGCCUGCAGGAGGCCGGCCUGGAGAUAGAGAGAGACAAAGAGGGAAUAUAA